AGCAGGCACAGAAAGGGCUCCCUCCUUGCUUUAUGGGUGUUAACUCCAAUGUAGCUCGCACAGCCCACUAUAGUUUUUUCCUAUCCUUUUUCUCUCUCCCCCUGUGUGUGUGUGUGUUUCUCUCUCUCUCUAUCUGUGUCUCUCUGUCUCGCUCUCACCCGCCGGUUUCCCCCCCCCGUCCCGCCCCCAGGCAUGAGAAGCUGCAAGAUGGUCCGGGUGGUGAGCGUUCUGGGUCUGGUGAUGCUGAGCGUCGCUCUGUUGAUUUUGUCCUUCAUCAGCUACGUGUCCCUUAAAAAAGACAAUAUCUUCACCACCCCCAAAUAUGCCAACACGGGGGUGCCAAGAAUGUACAUGUUCCACGCUGGAUUCAGGUCCCAGUUUGCACUGAAGUUCCUAGAUCCUUCCUUUGUACCCAAUACCAACUCCUUGAACCAUGGGCUUCAGAAUAAAGCUCCCAAAUGGAAAUUCAACAGAACAGCGUUCUUGCAGCAAAGGCGAGAAAUUCUUCAGCAUGUUGAUGUGAUCAAAAACUUUUCUUUGACAAAGAGCAUGGUUCGGAUUGGACAGCUGAUGCAUUAUGAUUACUCCAGCCAUAAAUAUGUCUUCUCCAUUAGCAAUAGCUUCCGGUUGCUUCUUCCAGAUGUCUCACCAAUUCAGAACAAGCACUAUAACAUUUGCGCCGUCGUUGGAAAUAGUGGGAUCCUUGUGGGCAGUCAAUGUGGACAGGAAAUAGAUAAAUACGAUUUUGUAUUCCGUUGUAAUUUUGCUCCAACUGAAGCAUUCCAUAAAGACGUUGGGAGGAAAACCAACAUUACCACCUUCAACCCGAGCAUCCUGGAGAAAUACUACAACAAUCUUUUGACCAUUCAAGAUCGCAAUAACUUCUUCCUAAGCUUAAAAAAGCUUGAUGGAGCCAUUCUCUGGAUCCCAGCCUUCUUCUUCCAUACAUCGGCAACCAUCACAAGGACAUUGGUGGACUUCUUUAUUGAGCAUCGAGGGCAGUUAAAAGUCCAAUUAGCUUGGCCAGGAAAUAUAAUGCAACAUGUCAACAGAUACUGGAAAAACAAACAUUUGGCUCCCAAACGACUCAGCACAGGUAUCCUCAUGUAUACCUUGGCUUCAGCAAUUUGUGACGAAAUCCACCUGUAUGGAUUCUGGCCCUUUGGCUUCAAUCCGAACAACCGCGAAGACCUUCCCUACCAUUACUUUGACAAAAAAGGAACAAAGUUCACCACCAAGUGGCAAGAGUCCCAUCAGCUCCCUGCCGAAUUCCAGCAACUGUUUCGAAUGCACGGUGAAGGUCUAGCAAAGCUGACUCUGUCCCACUGUGCCUAAGGAUUUUAACACUUGAAGUGCCAAACGAUUGUUGAUGUUGUUGGUGUUUUUUUCCCCAAAAAAGAAGUGCCCAAAAUGAAUCCACUGUUCGACAAAAGAGUUCUAAGAGAAGAGGGAUUGGAUGGGGGAUUUCUUUCAUUCAGUGAUGCUUUGAUAUGAUAUAACCCUUUUAUCACUAUCUUUCUAAGGCAUAGGAAGAUUGUUCCUGCAUAUCUGACAACGCAGAGGGAUUUCUUCUAUUCGUGCAGUAGGAAAAGUCAAAACUGUUUACCGCAGAGGUUUUUUGCAUUUCUAGUUAUACUGCCAAGAAUGUUGUCUUGAAAGUAUUUUCAUACUCAUAGAGGUUUCACAUUCCACAAAAUGGCUCAUGAUAGCUUUUAGCAUUCCAGUGUCUGCUUAUCGAGAUAAGCUACUUUUCUUAGAAAACUGGACUACUGUUAUUAGCGGGGAGAAACAUAUUUGUUCUUCCAUAAUGAAUUUGAGAAUUGUUCCUGAUGUUUGACUGAAUAAUGAGGUAACAGCAGUAUUAAGCCCAUGAAGGCCAAUAGGAAUCCAGUAUAAAUAGAUGCUGAAUUAUUCCAGACAAACUCAAUGGAGAUUGAAGAAUUCUUGUCAUAUCUACAUGUCUCUCUUCCUGGCCUGGUCAAUGAAACAGUGUACCGUGUAUUUAGUUCUUCUAAUUUUGAGGGUGUGAGAGAAUCUUUCUUUCCCCCCACUUAUCUAAGAUAGAAAAGGCCUGUAUUGAACUACCCUUGUUCUGUGAGUGAACUACAGUUCCCAGACUAUCCCCAUGCAGGAUGGGGAAUUCUGAGCAUUGUGGUUUUAAAAAAACAUCCCCCUCUUUUUCAAAGUCCAUCAAUGAGUUGGCUGAGAAUGCAACUUAGAAGCAGACAUGACAGGGAAUCUAUAAUUAGAGCUGAAAACAUAUUAAUGAUGAUCAAUUACUGAGGUAAUCUUUCAAUGCUUUUGAAUUUAGGUUCCAAACGAAUUCGGUACUUAAGUGCUGGACACCAGUCAACAAAUUUUUUGUGAGGUAAAGGAAGCUGUUUGGAAAAUACGGAUCAUCCACCACUUCUCUCCAUUGUCCCCACUUAGAACCAUAUGUCUGUCUGUUCAAGAGUAAAUCUCUUUCAAGUUGACAGGGCUUGCUUUUGAAUAGAUAUUAUAAAUGGCGGUAUUCAUAUUCUGCACAGGUGGCAUUAACGAUGAUCCAGCCCCAUGGGGCCGAAUGGACCACUCACCAAU